UUCUGAUGUAGAAGAAUCAAUUGAAUUACCCAGUAUAUUCCCAAUUUCUGACAUUCCAUCUCCUGUUUUUGAAAACAGCAUUUUCAUGUCAAGCCUGAGUAAAUUAAGUGAGAAAGGAAGCUUUCAUAUCCCACGGCCAACAUUCGUAGAUCCCAACAUUUACUCCGAGUACUUCUAG